GCUGAAUGACCGCGAACCUCGCCAGAUUCGGACGAGUCAGCCGAUGCCGAGUGAGGGAGAGAGGGGGGCCAAGUUCGGGAACUGGUGUGGCGCGCGUUCAGCGAUCAGUCUCAGUCUCAGUCAACGACAGCGUUGUGAGAGGCGGUGUGGAGCUUUGCAUUUUGGACUAACGGAUAUAUUGCGGAUUUUCACCCUCGGAUUUGGAUUACUACACCGGAUUAAAACGGCUUGUCACUGACUGCGACAAUAAAACUGUGUGUCCUUAGACCUUUUCCUUUGUUUUAAACCACGGACGCAACCCUUCACGACAGAACGGGACAUUUGGAUACUGCACUUUGGACCAAACUGAAGCAAUUAGUGCUCUGUGAUUCGCUGAUAUCUGGAUGCUAACUAACGUGUGGUGGUCUUUGAAAGUGCACCGCGACUGUUCGUGAUUGCUCUUUUAUUAUUCGCUCGUUGUGGAUUAUUGGAUAUUUCGCGUACAGACUGCAGGGCGAAUCUGGAGUAACAUUUCUAACGCUGGAUUUGGUUUGAUCCCAUGAAAACUUUUCUUUGAAUGUGUGAAUGUGUCUUCUGAUAAGGUUCAUGUUCCAGGAUUAUUUUCAGUUCCGAACCGACACACAUCCAUAUCUUUCAUAAUGGAUGUAGUUGGACAACAUUGAGAGAUUGGCUGUCUAACUGAGAAAGGUUUGGUUAUUUCAUGCAUUUUUGUCUGAACAUAAUUCUCUCUAUUUCUCAUUAAAUCUCCCUAUCGCUUCAAAAAUGGAAGACGAACUCCGUUGCCCCGUGUGCUGUCGGUUCUUCACCAAACCCGUUCUGAUGCCGUGCUCACACUCUCUGUGCGUGGCCUGCGCGCUCAGCUCCCAGGAACCGGCUCAGAAUCUGCUUCCUCAAUCCAUGUCGUCGGCUUGCUCUGAGUCGGACAGCGGGACGGUCAUCAGUGACCACACGUCCCUGCUGGACUUCCCCGACAUCGACAAGCUGAGCAUCGUGAGCGAGACGGACAGCGGAGUUGUAUGCAACAGCCGCCCCAGCAGCUACGUGGGUACUCCGAGUGUGGCCAACAUCUUCCUGCAGAGCCUGCAGAGCUGUAGCUACGGGAUCAAGUGUAGUGUCUGCGAGAGGCUUGUCUUUCUGGACGAGAAUGGCGCCCUCUCUUUGCCCACCAAUCGCGUGCUGGAAGCCAUUGUCAACAAAUACCAGAACCAGAGUAAGAAGGUGGAGAUCAAGUGUGAGCGCUGUCUCGCCGACCACCGCACGGCCACUGCCAUGUGUGAGCAGUGUGAAGUCUUCUUCUGUGACAUUUGCCGCGACCAGUGUCACCCAAUGGAGGGCGCCUACGCCAAACACAACCUUGUGGACCCCACGCAAGGGGACAUCAUCCUCAAGUACAAGCGGAAGAACAGCAAAGAGCACAAAUGUCCGGAACACCCCACGGAGACCCUGGCUAUGUUCUGUCUGUCCUGCAGGCUUCCGGUGUGCUGCACAUGCGCAGGGGACGGGCGUCAUAUGACCCACGAGGUGCAGCCACUGCCGGCCAUGUGCAAGGCACAGAAGAGUGAACUGUCCCAGAACCUCCAGGCGUUAUCUGAGAAGGCCAAGUCUGGCACGGAGUUUAUUCAACGGUUGAAAAAAAUGGCAGACAGUGUCAGCGGAAACUGUGCGGAAUUCGAGAAGACCGUCAUCGCUCAAUGCGACGCACUCAUCGAGGUCAUCAAGCAGCGAAAGGCCGAGUUGUUAGAAAACGUGGCUGAAGAAAAGGCGCUCAAGGUUCGAAGCCUGAAGGAGCAGGUAUCAGACUGCACUGCACUGUUGCAAAGGACCACGGGACUUCUGCAGUUCUGCAUUGAGGUGCUCAAGGAGAGCGACUCCACAUCUUUCCUGCAGGUCUCAUCUGGCUUAGUGAGUCGCGUGGCCACAGCUGACGCCAACUUCAACAAAGAGAUGGAACUGGCACCUCGUGUUUCUCCAGAAUUUGAGCUAACUCUGGACAAUACGCCAGCUAUCCAUGCCAUACAGAACAUGAGCUUCUUCCAGAUGAAAGACGGUAUCAUUGCCCCAGGCCAGCCGGUCAUCAUCCCAGAAGAGUGCUCUUGUGAGAAUAACAGCGUGACCAUUGCCUGGGCGCCUCAGAUAGGCAGCGUUGUAGAAGCUUACACGCUAGAGCUGGAUGAUGGCAAUGGUGGAGAUUUUAGGGUGGUGUACGUAGGCCGAGAGAUGAUCUGCACCGUGGACGGUCUACACUUCAACAGCAUCUACAACGCGCGGGUCAAGGCCCACAACCACGCCGGGGAGAGCGAGUACAGCGACAUCAUCUCCUUACAGACGGCAGAAGGUAGAGAUGUUAGGGACCUAUCUAGUUUUGAUUGGUACGAGCUGGGCGGCAUCCUUGAGCGGUUGUCCAAGGUGUGACGACACACACGCACACACUUCUCUCGCUUCUGUUUUGUGUGGUGAGCGUGAUUGUUAUAAUAUUGUUUUGUUGUUUUGUUUUGUCCGUACUUCCAUGUGUGUGUGUGUUUGUGUGUGUGUUU